AUGCUAACGUACAUGACCCUGGAGUCCCUGCGGAGCGGCCACUACUCCCUGACGCCAAAGGACAAGGAAAGGAACGUGCACCAUGGGAUGCUGUUCUGCUGGGUUGAGGGCGCCUUCAACCUCAUAUCCGCAGAUGGGGCAAGCAAGAGCGACCCCUACUGCACGCUGUGGUGCCAGAACGACAAGAAGUCGACACACGCGAUGAAGGACACACUGGACCCUGAGUGGAACGAGUACUACGAGUGGCCGAACGUGUCGGCGUCAGAGACCCUGUUCAUCGAGGUUCAUGACAAGGGAACAAUGAGCGAUAAGCUAUUGGGCCGGGGCAAGAUACCCAUCGCUGACGUGGCCCAAAGGUUUAACGACGACAAUAGCCUGGACUCUCUCAAGGUGAAUCUUUCACUAGAGACGACGCCAGGGACCAAGGGCACCAAGGGCGACAUCAUCCUGCACCUGGAGUGGAUCCCUCUGGACGCCCUGCCCAUCCCCAAGUCUAGGACCAAGGCUGAAGAUUCACUGUUUGCGGAAGUGGAGAGGGGCGUGCUGUACGUGCGCUUGGUGCACGGCAGGGGCCUGAAGAACGUCGACGCCCUUGGCAAGAGCGACCCCUAUGUCAAAUUCAAGAUUGCUGGUGGUGAGAGGAAAUCCAAAAUCAUCAACAACAACCUGAAUCCCGAUUGGAACGAGACAUUCAAGUGGGACAGCACAAAGGCUGCGGACGUGGUAAAGAUCGAGGUGAAGGAUGAUGAUGUGUUCAAGAAUCAGGUCCUUGGCGUGUACGAAAUCUCAGUGUCUUACGCUGUGAAGCCCCCAGCCACCGUGCAAACUUUCAAGUGCAAACUGAUCGACAGGUCGCCAAAGAAGAAGCCUGGGCAGAGUGCGGGGUACCUUGUUAUUCAGAUGUACUGGGCCCCAUGGAACUCUUUUGGAGACGAGUCGCAGCCUCCAGAGCCCGAGUGGCCGGCAGUUGCAGAACAGUAG